UGCACCUGUGGAGCAGCAUUAGCUUCAUGAGCGUUAGCAUCGUUAGCAUCAUUAGCUGAGUGUUUGGGGAAAGUGGAGGAGGACGAGAGCUGCUAAUGAACAGAGAGGAGAAUCGUUUACAAGGUGCGAGUGCAGCCGAGUGGGCGUGGGCGAGAGCCAGAGUGGGCGUGGCCGUGGCCAUCCUGAGAGCCAGGCCCGUGGGAAUGAGCGGCCGGGCGUUCGCCGAGGCCCUGGGAGCCCGGCUCAGGAGUCAGGACGAGGGCUGGAGGAGGAAGGUGGAGGAGCUGCAGCAGGAGGUGCUGAGGCUGAGGCAGGAGAAGCUGGUCGCCGCGGUAACGGCAGACGGUGGAAUCACAACGGUCGAUGCUUCUCAGGACCUGUUUGGUCCAGACAGCUCCACGUCCAGAGCAGAACCUCAACCGGACGACGACUCUGAGACGCCCGACCUCCUUCUGCAGGACCCUGACCCAGCUCCUCCUCCUCCUCCUCCUCCUCCUCCCUCCAGUCGUCAUGGAGACGCCCUGUCUCCUCACGUACACUUCCUCCAGUCGCUGUGCUCCCUGCACCACGGAGGAGGCGGAGGCCUGGAGGUCCUGUGGUUCAGCCCCGAUGGAGACCUGGGCUCGGUGUUGGGCGACACCGUCCUCCAGCUGCUGGACUCGGUGGUGGGGGCCUGCAGGGAUCCUCCGGCGCUGGGGCCCCCGGACCUCGUCCUGAAGGCCUGUCGGACCGCGGCCCAGACCAUGGAGCUCCUCGAUUCUAGGGGGCAGCGGUCUGAGGGGUUCCUGAGGAGGGUGGAGGAGGUGCUGAAGGAGCUGACUGGGAUGCUGCUCCUCAGGAGUCACCACAACAGGGCUGCAGAGACUCUGAAGGUUUGUCUGGCGACGCUGGGAAGCAGCAGCAGCAGUGUCUCAAAGUCCUUCCUCACCCGUCACAUCCUCUCUGAGAUCAAUGCUCUGGCCCAACAGCUGUGGCAGAGCUUCCAGGAACCCUCCGGACUGGACCAGUUCCCCGUGGACCGCUACCAGAACUCCUUCCACCUGUUCUGGGUCCUGGAGGAGCUGCUGCAGAAACCGAAGGAGACGACGGUGGCGGUGGCAUCGUGCAGGGCGGAGGUGGACUUCCUGGGUUUCCUGGAGCAGCGGGUCUUUGCUUUGUCCGAAGAGUUUCCGUUGUUUUCAGUCUGCAUGUGGAGGAUCGGAGGACUCCUCAGAAGGAGAGGAGGAAGGUAGGAGCCGAGGCUGGAGGACGACAAACCAAAGCUCAGACUAGAUGAAACACAGAGUUCUUCCUCUUGGACGCCUUUUGCCUCCUCUGGAAACUAAUCCAGCUCCUUUCAGCUCUGUUUUUUAACAGCCAAUAAAUCAGCAAAAAGACAGAAACUAUCAAUGGACUGAGACAGUAGAGAAACUAGAAUGA